AUGUGUGAUAUCAUUAAUAACAGGUCGAAAGGUGGGGAAUCACAGACCUUUUUCGAUGGGCACGAAGGUGUGAUGGAGGGAAAGACACGUAAUGGUGAUGUGUUUAAAUUCAACACGGGCCAAUGCACCGAUGCUUCUGUUGUACUCAGUGAUAAAACGAAUGAGUAUAGCGAUACAGUAGACGGUGAUGAUAGUGUCUCUCUUGUGCCUGCCAUUGGCACCCAAGAGUCUCCUCAUGCCUCUUUCCAUUGGUUGGGAAACUAUGGAUUUGAAGACAAAACGGAAGUGUUUCUUUUUCCUGCUAUUGAAAAGCACCGCGGUGAGCAUCCGGUGCAAUCCACACCACACGAUCGUCUCUCGCCUGUAAUGACGACGACGAUGGUGGGAGACUCACUCUCAUCUGCAUUGAUGAUGCACAGUCUUUUCACAGUAAACACCGCAGCAGACCUUUCACCAACACUCUUAACAACCUUUCUCGCCUACAGUGAUGAGAUGGCCAUGGCAGCGCAGACAACAUCCUCCAGUUGCCAUUCAUUAGGUGCGGCGUUUGAUUUUAUCAAGACACGUCUCUUUCCAACUGGAAACGUUCAUUUUCCUCUUCUCGCAGGAGCGCAGGAACAACAACAGCGAAAACGAAUUAUGGCGCUCUCAUGGUUUCUGCAACAACACCGUGAACAUGCCGCAACGAUGUUAUCCAUGGGAUUCCGUUUUCUUCUCGAUCUUGAAAACUAUAGUUUCUCGUGGAAGCGAGCGGUGGAAGUGCCGCUGAUGGCGUUGCAGCUGCUCUCAACAUUUGCGCAGGCUGUGACGUUUGAUGGGCAUCCCAACACCUUUGCGGCCCUAAACCCGCGUGAACAUCUUCUUCUCAUGGCGUCGUGUUUGUUGGCCUGCUGGAAGUUCGCAGAUGUGGACGCCAACGUUGUGGCUCUUAUUGCGGUUCUCGAGCACUCCUUCUUCCGCCACCACGCCGUACUUCAGCUGCGGGAUGUUCUUCACAUGGAACUCACCGUACUUGGAGUGUGUGGAGUGUGUGUGGAGGCACCACGAUGGUGGACUGUCGCGAUUGAACUCCUCACCAUUGCGCAUACAGAUAUGAAGGAGGCAUACUACUAUAAUAAUAAUAAUAAUGAUAAGAAUGAUUUUGAUGGUAAGAAGAAGGGUAUCACGCAGAGUUUUGAGGAGAAACUUGAACUUCUUCUGAUGGCCAGUGAACAAAUUCUUCUUAUUGUGAUAAACGUGGAUAGUGAUCAUGGUGAGGAGAAGGGGAAGGAUAAGGAAGGAAAAGAAAGGAACGCCAUUCAUAAUAAUAAUAAUAAUAAUAAUAAUAAUAACACGAAUACUACCUCUCAUCACCAGAAUCAUCACUCUCAUCAUUCGAUAUAUUCUGUUCGUCUCGCUGAACUACGCACUACUCUACUCAGUUGGAUGGAAUCACAUCCAAUUUUUGGUGUGGCGCUCGCCGUUGCCAGCGGUGUGGUAACACUGCCAUGGGCGGCAUCGUACAUAGCCCCCACUGCAAAAGCGUGCAAUCUUAACAAGCAGAGAGAUGGGGAUAAAUGUCGAAAUGAUAAUGGGGAAUCUUCACAGUGCCCCCUAUUCCCUCGUAGCGAUAUUCAGAGAGUCAUCCAUGCUGCGGAUGAUGCCGUUCAGCGUGAGUUGGGUGUAAUGGUGGAGGUCUUAACAGAAGUGCUGCGAACAUCGUGGAAGGAAUCUCAGAGCGAGUUGUGA